AUAAUAGAAAUUAAAAAAAUAAAAAAUUGUAAAUAAAUAGAAAUUUUUUCUGAGAAGCAGGCAGAGGAAUAUUUUUCUCAAUAGUAAAUGAGAGAGGGUAGAGAGACCUAUUGUUUCAAAGAGAGAGAGAGAGAGAGAAAAGGUCUCCCUCACUCCCGGACAAAUCUAGCGGACGAACGAGCAUCGUUCGUCGACGAAGUUGUGGCAGUAUCGAUCGAUGUAUUUACCUGGCCACCUGGCUACGAGCGGAAGAAAAGAAAAUCGGUUCGUAGUGAUCGAAGCGGCAUACUCGUCGCGACAUAAAUAAACGAGGAACGCAAAGUGACAUAUGAAACAACGUGGCAAAUAUGGCUCAGACGGAAGAAGACAUUUGGGUGUCUCCGACGGCGAUUCUAUCGAGAUUCGACGUCGAUGCUGAUGGAACCCUGAAUUACAAGGAGUUUCAAGCGCUUUGCGUUCAUUUGUUUGGCACGGACGAGGUCAAAGAGCACGAGUGGCGAGUACGAGAGAUCUUUGAGCUAUUCGACCUAAAUGGAAAUCGCUCAUUGAACGCGCAGGAUUUACAAAGAUGCUACGAAUGGAUACACGCGACUGUAUAUCCCAUAAAUGUUUUAUUGGUCGUUGAUGUUCAAAAUGACUUCAUUGAUGGCACAUUGGCUCUUCGAAAAUGCGGCUAUGGGCAAGAAGGGGCAGAAGUGAUAGAACCGAUAAAUCGACUUUUGAAAAACGGUCGUUGGAACAAGGUAAUAUAUUCGCAGGAUUGGCAUCCCAAGGAUCACAUCAGCUUUUUUGACAAUUUGGCAAAGCGCGAGCUUCAUCCCCAAUCUAAGAUUACUAAAAAAAUGGCAAAAGUUUUUGAUACCGUCGAUUUCUUGGAACCACAUGUAACGCAAAAACUUUGGCCAAAGCAUUGCGUUAUGAAUACUUGGGGCGCUGAAUUGCAUAAAGAUCUACUGAUCGUACCUUCUUCUGUACGGGUAUAUAAAGGUCGGCACCGUGACAAAGACACGUAUUCAGUAUUUGGUGAAAAGGAUACUGAUGGUGUCUCAGAGCUUUUAAAAAUUUUUUCGGAAUUUGGCUGCACGCAUUUAUAUGUUUGCGGUUUAGCUUAUGAUGUAUGCGUGAAAGAGACGUGCCUGGAUGGUUUGCGAUGUGGUUAUCGGUUAGCUGUCGUUGACGAGUGCUGUCGUGGUGUAAAUCCUGAUGACAUCACGAUUGCCAAAAAUAUGAUUAUCCAGAACGGCGGUUUAGUGACGUCUAGUGACCAUAUUCUGCCCUUGGUAAAUGAAGGCAAACGGAGCUUGAUUAUGGCGCAUCAUGCCGCCAGAAGCAUGUGAAUUGAAUAAAUCUUUUUCUUGUAAAAUUUUGUCAAUUUUUCUUGAAAUGUAGUUUUCUAGUAAAGUUGUCAAAUAUUAGAAUUUUGUGUAGACUAAAUUUCUACAAAACAAAUUUCUACAAAAAAGAUAAGAUAAAUUAUUUUAUCAAGAUUAAUUCUUAACUUUGUUAUCAGAUAAUUUGCGAGUUGUUAUUUUUACGAAGAUAUUCUAAAGCGAAUUAUUUUUAUUUCGUACGUUCGUCAUAUUUCAAUAUAAUACAAUACUGAAAGGAAAAAUGAGA